CUGUGGCUAGGGAGGAGGGGGGCGAUCCGGGCGUGACUGGGCCGGGACCCCGGUGGGGCGGGCCAUGCUGCCCCUCCCUCUUCGCCUCAGCCUACACGGCCUGGCCGCUGCCGCUGUUCCGUUACCGAGAGACAUCCGGGCUGGGGGCCGGCUUACCGAGGAGUCUCGGCGCCCUUCACUGACUCAGCAGCCGGGCAGGGCCUGGAGCCUUCGCCUGAGGCGAGCCCCCGUCCCGAUCUCCCCACACCGACCGCGGUCCAUCCUCGCAGGCGGGAGCUACUUCCAUGUGGGCUUCCUGCUGUGGGUUGCUGAAUGAAGUCAUGGGGACUGGAGCUGUCCGUGGCCAGCAGGCUGGUUUUGGGGGAGGCGCUGGCCCCUUCAGAUUUGCACCAAAUACAGACUUCUCAGCCUACCCAUCCUCGGCUGCUGCAGGCACUAACAUAGUCUGCAAAGCCUGUGGGCUUUCCUUCUCAGUAUUCAGGAAAAAGCAUGUGUGUUGUGACUGCAAGAAGGAUUUCUGCUCAGUUUGUUCAGUCUUGCAAGAGAAUAUGAGAAGAUGUUCCACUUGUCAUUUGCUGCAAGAAACAGCCUUUCAACGGCCUCAGUUAAUGAGAUUGAAAGUGAAGGAUCUGCGUCAGUAUCUGAUUCUCAGAAACAUACCAACAGAUACAUGCAGGGAGAAAGAAGACUUGGUGGAUCUGGUGCUCUGCCACCAUGGAUUAGGUUCAGGAGCAGACAUGGACACUAGCAGCUUGCAUUCCUCACGGUCACAGACUUCAGGGUUUUUCACUCAUCCAUUUUCUAUGUCUGUAUCGGUGUCAUCUCAAGGAGACCUUGCGAGCAGGAGGGGAAGCGCAGGGAACGGAACAUCUUUACGGGGACAAACGGAAACGUCCUCUAUAAAUAAUGAUGAAGAUGAAAGUGCAGAAGAGCAGACCCCUGGAUUGUCCAGAAAGCGAGCAAGGGCAUCGUUGUCCGAUAUUUCAAGUCUGGAAGACAUUGAAGGGUUGAGCGUUCGGCAGUUGAAGGAAAUACUCGCCUGUAAUUUUGUCAACUACUCAGGCUGCUGUGAAAAAUGGGAACUUGUGGAAAAAGUCAGCAGGCUGUACAGAGAGAGUGAGGAAAACCACAAGACACAGGGUGAAAAGAUGCAGCUGAACGACAACGACGACAACCUCUGUCGCAUCUGCAUGGACGCCAUCAUCGACUGCGUCCUGCUGGAGUGCGGCCACAUGGUCACCUGCACCAAGUGCGGCAAGCGGAUGAGCGAGUGCCCCAUCUGCCGACAGUAUGUGGUGCGGGCCGUGCACGUCUUCAAGUCUUAAACUGCGGCCAGAGCCACCUUUUUAUCACUGCCCUUCUGGGAUCCUGGGGGCAGGAGUGAUAAAGGGGCAAACAUCAGCUUUCUAGCGCCCAAUAAACAGCAUUUGGAACACCAGGAUCUAGAAGUUCACAGAACAUUUUUCUACAACACAGUGAAUCCCAGGGGUGGGCAGGACACCUGUGUAUACAGUGACUGCUGCCUCACUUGCAGCCCCUCAAACUGUUUACAGCAGUUCUUGCUCUCUUCUGAAGAACAUCACCUCAUGGCCCUGCAGUCAGUACUCAGCAGGUGCUCAGACACUGCUGCGCCGCCACAUUAGCAUCUUACCUUGUCUAGUGCAUUAGAAGCAGCAACUGUAGUGGUUGAAUAUUCAGCUCUUGCCUAACUCUAGAAUGUAACUGUGCCGACACUGUCCCCGUGCCAGUGUUAACAGCAUAAACCAGGACUGCAGGGAGCACUGCCAUUAACCGGACCUGCACAAAGCCCUUAAGCAGUCAUCUGGGUUAGGCUGAUUGCUUCGUCCCCAAUGUCUGUCUUUGUACAGGGACUGUCUUGGUCAUUCUGUGUGACUGUACAGAGCUCUGCUGCCUUGCAGGGCUCUGCUGUGUGCUGUCCAAAUACCAAUUACUGAGUGUUUUUUAGGUUAGGAUUAAAGUAUUUUUUUAAACAGGGGUACAGUAACCAUACUGAUUGUGGUCCUUAAGCCACUCAUGCCUAUUGUAACUCUUGAUUUUACACUUGAUGAUUGUACGCCAUGUGCCGACAACCUGACGUUACUGUGACUAUGAAUCAGGGUCAGAAACUACUUGCUGCUAACAUGUGGAAUGUACGUAUAGCAUUACUAACCUUAACUGGGAAAGGAAACUUGGGAUUUCUCUAAAACCUGCUCACAGACCUUUCCCCCAAGCUGAGUCACUAUUAACCACACUUCCUGCUGGCUGCAGCUGACCUGUGGUGCUGUCAGCCCUUGGCCUUGUCUCUAACUAGGCUUUGUGCCAGCAUCAGGGGUAACGGUCCUCUUGGAGCAAGAAUUUCCAGUUCUAACGGCAUCUGUGACAGAUGACUUGGGGAAGGAGGUAAGAACAGCUCUGUGUUGGGGGCAGGCUGCCUCUGGCCACGUUUGCUUAAGUUCCCAAGAGGUGAGGAAGGACCUAGUCUGUCCUGAAUGGUUUAUCCGUUCUGUAGGGUUGAUCAAUGAAGCUGGUUUCUCCUUUUCAUCUGCCACAUGCUCGAGAAGUAACAGAGCCAGAGCCCUGUUUUGCCUCAGCUGUGGUACCUCUUUCUGUUGUACUCUUGCACCUGUUCUUUCUAGCCAGCUCAAUAAAGGUAAAGUAGCUGCUCCUCGAGGUAAAAUAAGCAGCUUAGAAACACUGCUUGUUAUUUUUCAGAAGGGAUCAAACCUGUCCUGGCUUUACUUUUCAGAAGUAACUUUCUAAUGGUACUUAAAUCCUGGAGCCUCUGUGGGGUAGGUAGGCUAAUGACAUCCCCUCUGUGUUAUUUCCACACAAGAUUAAUAAAGAUUGGUGAUGGGCUUUGUCAGCCUCUGUCUCUUAA